AUGGUUGAAGAGAAGAAACAGGAGGAAAUUGAUAAAAAGGAGAGGAAGAGACGAGAUAAGGUUUUUGGGAUUACGGUAAGCAAUUUUUGAUUAUGGAUUCUGGCACAGAAAAACUCAAAUUUCUAUAUGGAUUUGAAGAUAUUGCAGUUUCAGCUCUGCUUUCUAAAAAUAUCUCAUUUUGAAAUUGAGAACUUUUUGACGCAAAAACUUCCUGAAAAGUAAAUUUCAUAAAAUUCCACAUGGAAAUGCUUUCUGAAACAUCUCCAGUCUUUUUUCCCCAAAAAUGUCAAAUCCAUAUUAAAUUCCCAAUUUUUUUCCAAAGUUUUUAUGCGGAAUGUAUAUUUAUUUUCGAGUUUUGACGUAUCUUAACACAUUCAUGAGGUUUAUUCUUUCAAUAAUCAAAUCAUUCGGCUGAAAAAUUAUCUAGUUGUUUUUGCAUUCACAUUUUUGAAAAAAAAAGUAGAUUUUCAGAAAUGAAAUAAUUAGAUUUUUAUUUCUUACGUUCAAACGUGACCCAUUUUUUAUCUUUCGAAAAAAUCUGAAAUUAAUUUAUUUCUUAUUUUCAUCAAUUCGAAAUUCUCGAUUUUUCUAAAAUGCCAAUCAAAAGAUCAAUUCUGUGAGUUUCAAUAUCGUAAUUUUCACGAUAAAAACUAUUAAUUCUUCGAUUUCUUGAGCAUUUUCUGCGUACACUUGUCCCUUUAUCGCCUCGUGAUUUUUAUCGAAAAAAUCAAUAAUCUGGCGCCAUUUUUCCUCGCAAUUUCAUUUUCAAUUUCGAAUUCUUAUCUUUUUUUCUUCAAAAUUCUUGCAUGUUUACCCCCCGACCUUUUUUGUAGAUAAUUUUUGCCCAAAAAAUCCGUUUUUCUUUUAAAAAAAACGAUGUAAACACACAUUUUUUGCGCAGCAAACAUCAAUUUUGUUCGUUCUCUUUUGUUUCGUUGAUCUUUUUUCGCUAUUCUCUUCAAUUUUUUCUUCUGUCACAGACCACGAAUUUGCCGCAACUCUGUUUUUUCAUCUGCGUCUCUCCAUCUGAUUUUCUCGCCGGGUCAAAAUUUCCCUUCUUUUUUUUCCAACUUUUUUCUCUAUUUCCUAUUUGUCAUCAUUUUUUCCUGAGCCAGGUUUUUUCCAGAAAAAAAAAACAAUUUUUCUCACGGCUGCUAUGGAGAUUUUUUUUAUUGAUUUGUUGCAAUUUUAUUUUCGAUAACCUUGAAUUAAAUUUUUAAGUGUUUUUUGUUUAGAGAAACAAAAAUAAAUUAGUAAAAAUCUUUGGCCAAGUUUCAUUUAAUAUUGUUUUUCUCCGCGUCUCUCGAUUUCUAGUUUUUUUUGCUCGUUGCCCUUUUCUUAUCAGGACAAGUAUGGUUUUUUGGCAAAAUGCUUAUCGUUUUGUAAAUAAAUUUCUGGGUUUCUCGAUUUUCAAUGAUCUCUAAUUCUUGAGUUGGAAUUUCUCCGCGUCUCGGGUUCCCCACAAUCUCUAACUUUCUGAUUUUCUGAUUGAGUGAGUUUUAUCAACGCAAAUGCAAUUUUCUGCGUCUCUGCCUCUAAAUUAUCUUUGGUCGUCUAGAUAUUCAAAAUAGAAGUGCAGUAGAGCAACUUUGAAAAUUUCGAGAAAAAACUGUAUGCUAUCUUCCCGUGUUCUUUUUUCUCUCCACUUAUCUUUAUCUACCGUUUUCCUGUUUUUUUGGAUGAUGCAAAUUGUCUGUUUUACUAAUGAGAAAAGUGCAAACACGCUCCAAUCACAAUUUCUCGUUUUCUCUGCGUCUCUCUCUCACCUUCUUCCAUUUCCACGUUUUGAUCUAUGAAAAAGAGCUUAUCAAAUGUUGGAAAAAAGCCUUUCAUACAAAUAGAUAACUUUUUUAAAAUUCUCCCAUAUAAACCGUUUUUUUUUUCGCGGCAACACAAUUAAUUUUUCUGACAAAAGUCACGUUCGUUAUCGAAAGACCGUAUUGAUGUAUGAUGUCACGGAUAGCUAUUUUCUUCUUCUUUUUUUCUCUCUUUUUUUCUUUUCUCUGUAGUACUUUUGUAGAAUGACAGACACACAUUGAGAAAAUAGUCUUUCACAAUUGUUCGUUCUUCUUCUUCAAAAAACAUAUAUUUGUUUUUGAUCAGACUAGACUCUAGUUUUAUUUUUCAGUCAAUCCUCAUCUGGCUCGUCGUUUCUUCGCCAUUCGUCACCCAACCAGAAUUUCGACAUUUUUUGGCGGAACGAGCGAUUUUUGAGCGAAGUGUUGAUCGGAUUGCGGAAAUUACGGAAAGAGGUAUAUUUUUUUGGAUUUUGAAAAUUUUAUGAGUUUGGAUGAAGAACAGUAUUUGUGACAAUAAAUUAAAUAUUGCUUAAAUAUUUUCAUAAGUUAUUUUUUUUCCGAAGAGUUCAAAAAUUUUUUAAAUUUCAGUUCUCAGACUUUCUUGAAAAUUUUAAGAUAUUUUUUGUAAUUUGAGAAGUGUUCAUGCUGCUCAUUUUUUUCGAACAAAAACAAUGUUUCUAUAUUAUCUCAUUGAACUUUUCAAAGGUUCUUGUGUUUUAGCCAAGUUAGGGAUUUUUUAUAAGCCUAAAUCUAGGCCUAACUCAGAACAGAAUGUAGUCAUCAAACCCCUAAAUUUGAGCCUCGAAAAUUUUUAGUUUCUCUGAAAUUCCAAAAAAUCACGUUAUCAUCAUCCAACUAUACGAAUUUUCGAAAAAACCAAUUAAUAGUGCAAAUUUAUUUUCAUCCAACCUGCGCAAAAUAAAAAAAAUAAUUACUCAUGUAUCACAUGCACUUUUAAUUAUCACCUUCCAACUCACGAAAAACAGGAAUCCUUUGGGAAUAUGAUUUUUUGCAGCACACAAAAUGUUCUCGCAAUCAAAUAAUCAGGAAGGAUAUUCGGAUUAUCAACAAAAUCCAAAUCAAUAUUCAAAUGAUCCCAAAAUGACGCCAGGUUUCUAUCGUCCAAUGGGAAUUCGUUGGAGAGAUGAUCAAAGUUUGAUGCAAGUUCAAACUAUGCCAAUUUUAACUGAACACAGAUCAGCCUCGCCAUUUGGAACAAGAAGAUCAAAUUCACCAUCAAGACCAACCACUUCGAAUCGUUUUGAUACAUAUUCAUAUGAUUCGCCAUCUUUGGAAGAUGCUGAUUUGAUUGAUGUUUUAUGGAGAAGUGAUAUUGCGAUUGAAAAAGGUGUUAGACAAGUUGCACCGGCUGAACAAUAUGAAAGAGAUUUGCAAAUGUUGACUGAGAAAUCAACUAUUACUGUAGGUUUUUUUUCAAAAGUUGGAUUUUGGGGUUUAAAAAUGAUAUGGGUUAUUGAAAAAAUUAUCCAUUCAACAAAAAAUCAAGGCAUAGGCAAUUCGCACACAAAAAAUUGUGGCAACAUUUCUCUACAUCCAUAAUCGAACCAAGUUCCUCGUUGUUCUUGAUGAAAAGCCAUAUAAACACAAUCGACCAAUGGCUCAUUUGGUUGAGUCGAAUCCCAAUUCAAAUAAUCAGCUUGUGUUCCAUCGGACCAUUUGUAGACUUGAUUUGUGUCAUUUAGCUUAUUCAAACCAAUCCAAAUGUUGUUUUCUGUAAAUGAAAUUCGAAAAUUGCGAUGAAGAAAUUGGCCAAAGUUCGAAACAAUUUUGUUCGAAAUUGGGCUAAUUUUUUGAAAAGCGGGAUUAUAGAAAUUCAACGAUCAAAAUGAGUCUCUAAACAACCCAAUAUUUUUAAAAUUAAAAACCGUUCCAAACAAAAAUUUGGUCCUUUUUUCCCUGUGUCAAAUUUUUUUUAAUACCAACUUUUUCGCAAUUUGUGAAUAAAUAGAUUUUCUGAUUCAUCCUUGAUACUCGCCAAAUGUCCUCCCAUACUUCUACAAAAGUUUUCUGCUGGAAUCCACAUCAAAUCAACUUCGAACAGUUUGUACCAAUGGUCUUCAUACAUUUGCCAACCCUGCAAAAAUGUUUCCUUUCUUGAUUUCUUGGAUUUGUGGUGAAUCAUAAAUGUACUUUUCCAUCAUUGGAUGAUUUUACGAAAUGCCGAAGGAUGAUUUUCAAUUAGGAUGUUUUGAACUAUUGGAAAGUGCAUGUGAUACUCUCGUCAGAAGCUCAACCAAUUACUAAAAUUAGGAGUUAUGAGUAGUCAAAAUCACGAGACCUCUCCAGAGACAAUCUAUACUUUUUUCAAAGUUCUCACGUAAUCUUUCAUCGGACAAAGAACUCCACAAAAAGCACAUUGUAUUUUUAUCAGUUUUUAUUCGGAAAAAUGAUGCUAUCUUUUCGUGUAUUGAACUAUUGGUAAAGGAAAAGUCGUAAAGUCUGAUGGAGAAAAAAUGAGGAAAAAUAAUAUUGAGUCAUUUUUGGGUCAACGCCUUUUGAUAAAAAAAAAGUAACAUGCGUCAGAAAAGGAUUAUACACAGUGAAAUAGAUUCAGAGAUUGGACUGUUUUAAUGGCUACGAUGGGACUGAAAAAAGGAUUGGAGCUAGAAUCGGGAUAUCGGAAAUCUUCUAAACUUCUGUAAAACUUGGGGGAGAAUCGCGGAAUUUUAUCUCUGAUUUUCUAUAGAUGAUUUUCUUUUUUGAUUUUGAACUCGCCCAUAUAUCAAACGGUUAUCCUAAGAUUGAUCUUCGAUGACUCGACGAAUGAUUUUUCAUUCGACCAUCAAGUCUUCUUAUUUUUCCUAUAAACUCGGUCUUAGUUUGAGCCUUAACCUUUUCAAGCCUACAAUUGGAAUGUUCUCAUCGUUUAGUGAUUUAUUUUGUUUCAUCCCAAUCGAAAAAAUCAGUGUCAUUUCAUUUCAUUUUAUCAUUUUCGCCUAUAUUCCCACUUUCUACCAACCAACUUUGUCUAACUUACACUUUGUUGCAAUGCUAAUACUGUCAAUAAUCGAACAUUCAUAUCGAGAUUUAUUGCGCGAGUUCCUGCGAUUGAAACUGGCACAUCUUUGAGAGGCGAUGGUAUCACUACUGAAUAGAUUCUUGAAAUCAACAGUAAAAAUGUUAGAAACAGUUUCAUGAUUUGUUUAGAAACAACUAAUUUUGUCGAAAGGGCGCCAAACUUUAUAGGGAAAGUAUCAGAUUUCGGAAAAAAUUAUAAACAAUUUAUAUUUUCCAGGGUUUGACAGCUGAAGAGCAUCAAAGAUAUGAAGAUUUGUCGAAAGGAAUGUUUCAAGAUUUUUAUCCAAGUUUUGCAUCUUCACAAAAUAACAACAAUAAUUAUCAAAAUACCCACAAUAAUAAUUUGCAAAUGAAAACAUUGGAAAAUCGAGUUGCACCAAUUCCAAGCGAUGAAGAUUUGGCUGCAUUAUUGGAAGAUGUUUCAAAAGAAGAAUCACAAUUGAAUUUGGUAUUUGAUCAACAAAAUAUUGUGCAGACACAACAAUCACAGCAGCCAAUUUUGCAAAAUGUUUCAUUGAGCGAGGGAAUUGUUUAUUCGCAAAACAAUUGUGAGUUGGAUUUUUAAAAAGAUAUCUGAAACAUUUCCGAAAUUGUAAACUAAAAUUUCAAAGCCCCCAAAUAUUCUUUCAACCAAAUUAAUAGAUUCAAAAAUUUUCCUAAGACCUGAGAAUCAUAAAGUUAAUUUCCACUAAUGAGAUCUGUCACUUGUGAAUAGUUACAUUAUUAGAAUCUUUUCUCGAAACAUCAUUUUUGUGCUACAAUUUGCCCUCUUCUAUCUUCCCACCCUCAUAAGCCUCAUAAUAAUCAUCGCCCAAAGGUCUUCCCACUUUUCUCCUUUUUUAAAAACAGCACGUUUCGUUCAUUUUCCUGAUUCCUGAUAUACGAUUUAUCAGUUACGAAAAUGCACAGUUUCUCCGACUGAACGAUAAAACUUUUUUCGUUCGAACGUCACUUUUUUUGUCAUCAUCAAAAAUCUUAUCUUUUUUUGGGUUUUCCCCUUUUUUAUUUUCCUGUUUACAGUAACCGAAAUGAGCAUGUUACGAAGUGAUGAAUUGGCACCAACUGCUUCCAAUGAAGAUUUGCAAGCUGAGACGUUUUUCAAUUCGACUGAUUCGAAUACAAUGCAACAAUAUUUGAUGCCGGCUGAAGCUGAACCUGUUGAUGGUAUGUUUCAAGAUUUGAAUAGUUUUUUAAUUGUCCGAUUCAAACAGCCGAAAAAUUAGAUCAUCUUGGUCCCAUUCAAAAUCCAAAAACGCCCGCCAUUUUUUGCCUAAAAGUUAGCUGACCUCGAGAUCAAACCUAUAAUUAUCGCUUUAUCCGAGCUCCGCCCAUUUCAGCUCUAAAUUUUAAUUAGCUCCGCCCAUUUUUCGCGCACCUGACACAUCUCCUCAAGGGAUUUUGUUGCUAUAAAAGGAGUUGUACUAUAGUGAAAAGUACACACACUUCUAAGCUUGAGCUUCUCUCGCCAACUCCAACUUGAAUCUUCAAAAAUGAACUAUUUCAACACUCCCUAUGAUUUUUCGGCGGCUUUUGCCAACUUCCACCAACUGGAUUUUUCAGUCUUCCCACCAUCGCAAUUCUCCUAUAUUCCAAUGAUCAACGACACUGCGCACGAACAAGUUUCGAAUGGAAAUGUUGAUUUUGAUCAUAGAUAUUCGAGAAUUCCACCAACCGCAACAGCAACAGCACCAACAAGACCAGCUAAUCAUGAUCAACUUGGAGCUGCGAUUUCAAGUGCAUUGGGUGGAGCUGCAAGAAAUGGAACAACACUUUCAAGUCCACUUUUUGAUCCAUAUCAUUCGAUGAGACAAUCGUUUUCUGAUGUGUAAGUUUUUUUUUAAAAUUAACCAAGGUCCCAGAAAAAUAGGCAAAAAACAAGAGAUAUCAAUAUUAUUUCUAGAAAUCUUCUUGAUCUACCCAAAAAUAUUCUAGUUUUGACUAUUCCAUUUGUAAUUCGUGACUAAACUAGACAGAAAUAUCAUCCAUGUUUUUCUUCCUCCUAAUGUCAUCAUUUAUUUCGAAAUCGUUUUCAUUUUAAUUUUCACAUCUACUUAGAUAUUGUCAGUCCGAUAUUUUUCAGCCACUUGGAAGAGAAAAGCCGACGGCCUAGAAAACCAAAUUUUUUCUCUUUCAAUACAAAAUAUCAGAGCGCUCUCGAGCAGCCGCAAAGUCUACUGUAUUUUGGUUUUCUCUUCCACGGCUCUUUUAUUUUCGGAUUGACAAUACCUUUUUUUCCUAUUUUUCGGCUCUGUUUUGAAAAUGGACAACCAAAGUCCUAUGGAAUUUAUUAAGCGAAUUGUUGAGAAUUUUUGUAAAGUUGAAGAGAAGAAAACAUGGUAGGCCCUAUCAUAAAAUCAUUCGACUGAAAUCAAAUAAACUAUUGAUUUUUGCAGUGAUACGUCAUCGACUUGUUCAAGAUUGUCAUCGGAAUCACCAAGAUAUAAUAGAGAGGAAGGAACGAGUCAAGGAAUUCCAGCUAGCAGGUAAGAAAUAGAGUUAUGACGUGGCAAAUUGACACUUUGCUGGAAUUACGAAAUUAGCCAACAAAUCAAUUGAUUUUUCAGAUUCUAUGGAAAAUUGAUUCCAAAUGAUUUCACUUUCGGUCGUCAAACUUCGCCAAUUCGGAAAAUCUCACGUGUCAUUCCAUUGACUGGACAACAACAAAGAAAACGUGGAAGACAAUCAAAAGAUGAACAACUUGCAACUGAAAUGGCACUUCCAGUCACUGCUCAUCAAAUAAGCGAAAUGAGCCUUUCCGAAUUGCAACAAGUACUCAAAAUCGACACAUUGUCCGAAGGUCAAAAACAAUUGAUCCGCAAAAUUCGUCGCCGCGGAAAGAACAAGGUUGCCGCGCGGACUUGCCGUCAAAGAAGAACUGAUCGACAUGGAAGAGCCAUUGAUAUGAAUUAUAUUUAA